GAAGAAGCAGAAGAAGAAGAAGAAGAAGAAGAAGAAGCGUGUAAAGAUGGUUGCCGCUGUAACUAAGCCAUACCCGGGUCGAUUGAGAACUUUCUGGUUCAUAUGUCCAAUGUUUCAUUGGAAAAACAUCCGUGAAUUAACAUGUUUGUUUGUUACCGUGUGUAUUUUGAUGAGGCAGUCAUUGGCAGACGACCGGGACUUUAUGGAGGACUUUUUGAAGCGGGAAUAUUCUCUGGCAAAGCCAUACCGUGGGUUGGGUUUCUCUAGUUCUUCACAGUGGGAUCUGAUGGGCACUGCUAUGGUUACACCUGACCAUGUGAGGCUGACCCCAGACCUGCAGAGCAGACAGGGAGCUGUGUGGAGUCGAGUUCCUUUCUUCGUGCGGGAUUGGGAGCUUAAGGUGCACUUUAAAAUCCAUGGCCAGGGAAAGAAGAAUUUGAAUGGGGAUGGCAUGGCUAUCUGGUUAACCAAAGAUCGCAUGCAGAAUGGACCUGUGUUUGGCAACAUGAACCAGUUCAUUGGUCUUGGGAUAUUUGUGGACACUUACCCUAAUGCCGACAAGAGCCAUGAUAGGGUUUUCCCAUAUGUAUCGGUGAUGCUGGGGAAUGGGACUCUGUCAUAUAACCAUGAUUAUGAUGGACGACACACUGAACUUGGAGGUUGUACAGCUAUGACACGCAACGCAAUCUACGACACAUUUCUCCUCAUCAGAUACUCCAAAAACAGGCUCAUGGUCAUGGUGGAUGUGGAUGGCAAGCAGGAAUGGAAAGACUGUGUUGACAUCUUAGGAGUGAGGUUACCUACAGGCUACUUCUUUGGUGCAUCCUCUGCCACUGGAGACCUAUCAGAUAAUCAUGACAUCAUCUCCAUGAAGUUGUACCAGCUGACAGUAGAGAGGACUCCUGAGGAAGAGGAGGAGGAAGAGGUCACCCUCCCUAGAGUUGACAACAUGGAACAGUUCCAAGUGGAAGUGGAAGCAGAGGGGAUAAGUGGAGUCCAGUUCUUCUUCACCCUGCUCUUCUCCAUCCUGGGCCUGGGUGUGCUGGCGGUGGUAGGGCUAAUUGUUUAUGGGCGCUGGAAAGAAAACAGACGCAAACGAUUCUAUUGAUCAGAGAACAACUGUUGGUUUUCAGAAUGUAUGUUUUUUUGAUCAUCAUAGAUAAAGAUAAUGCAAGAGCUGCCAUAGUUUUACUGAAUCAUGAUUGAAUGAACUGAAUAAACAACCUCAUGACCAGAGCCAAGAGAACAUAUACAGCUGAAGAAGAAAACAGGGGAGCCAGCUGUAAAAAUUUUCCUGUAUAUUUUGUGUGUGUGUGUGUGUGUGUGUGUGUGUGUGUGUGUGUGUGUGUGUGUGUAAUGGAAUAUGGUUGGGAUAUAGCUGCUCUAGUGGAAUUUCUUAAGAUCCUUCUUAAAAUGUUAAAAUGUGCUCAUUUCAACUGAAAGCACAGUAGGUUUUUAACAACUGCACUAAAUAGAUCUCAAAUAGUUGAUGAUACGAGUUUCUAGUGUCUGUCAGAUCACUUCUCCCCAACCAGGAAUAGACAAACAAAAACCUCAGAAUCAAUUCCCAAAGUUGUUUUAAGACAUGUUCCAGUAUACUGUGGUAUUGCAGUUUAAAGUGUAGUUACCUCUUACUGCCAUUUGGUGCUGCCAGCAAUUUUAAUCUUACAUGGAACUGCUGUGGAAACCAAUCAAUCUGUUUAUUAUUGUGGACUACUUCUUACUGCACGAGUCAAAUUGUACUGAGCUCCCAUGUAUUGAGAGCAAACACUCAGAUAAGCUUAAAUGGAUUUGUGUCAGCUGUUAGUAAAUAUGUAUGGUUAGUGAAGCAUCAUUCUCAGUGUUGUACAUUAGAGGAAGGAUUUGAGUGCCAUUUGAAGUGCCUAGCUAGGACCAAUAAAGACAAGCUCUGACUUUA